AUGGCUGCUAACCCCAUUACCAAAGAUGGACACUUUUUCCACAACAACACCACUGCUCCUGAGCACCCCAGCCUCAUGAGCAUGUUCUCCCUCAAGGGGAAAACUGUGAUCGUGACUGGGGCUAGUGACGGUAUCGGUUUGGCCGUUGCUCAGGGUCUGGCCGAGGCAGGUGCCAAUGUGGCCAUGUGGUACAAUAGGAAUGCGAAGUGUAUUGAGAGGGCUGCCCAGAUCGCAGAACAAUACGGUGUUCAGACCAAGGCUUAUCAGGUUGAGAUCACUGAUGCAAAGGCUAUCGAGGACGCUAUAAACGACGUCGUCAAGGAGUUCAAUGGCCGUCUCGACGUCUUUGUUGCUAAUGCCGGUAUUCCCUGGAUUAAGGGCCUCGUGGUAGAUGCUCCCAUCGACCACUACCGCGAAGUCGUCGGCGUCGAUCUCGACGGGACCUUCUACUGUGCCAAGGCUGCCGCCCAGCACUGGCGCCGUCAGAAGGAGGAAGGCACCGAUAUCAACGGCAACAAGCUCACCAACUUCACAUAUGGUAGCUUCGUUGCUACCGCCUCUAUCAGCGGCCACAUUGUCAACUUCCCCCACAUGCAGGCUGUCUACAACGCCUCAAAGGCUGCCGUGAUUCAUCUUUGCAAAUCCCUUUCUGUUGAAUGGGUUCGCUACGCUCGCAUCAACGCCGUAUCCCCCGGUUACUUUGAGACUGAUAUCUCCAGCGCCGCGUCUGGGGAAACCAAGAACAUCUGGCGCGACAAGAUCCCCAUGGGCCGUGAAGGCCAAGUCCACGAGCUGAAGGGCGCCUACCUCUACCUUGCGUCCGAUGCAUCUUCCUAUACUACCGGGACGGAUCUCAUCGUCGACGGUGGCUACUGCGCCCCCUAA